CAUCGACCACAAUCUCCUCGAGUUUCCUUCCCCCAUAUUCACACUCUGGCCAUUCUCCCCACUCCAAAUGAUGCAACGAUGAACCCCAUCAACUCUCGACUCCGCCUUCAAUUUGACGAGGUCGUCGAGUUUGCGUCACUUUCCGAGUGGGCAGUCGCACGUGAAGAACAAGGGUCGAUGAGUGGUGAGGCGCAUCAAAACAGCUUCAAAAUUCUACUAGAAGACGCUGGUUAUCCCCCAUCUUCGGCGUACUUUUACAAGUUGCGGGCAGUGGCAAUACAUACAAAGGUCCCCGUGCAGCUAGGCUAUUCAAGUGUACGCAGCGAAACACAGUCUUUUCACUAUUCGAUACUUUUAAAAAUAAACCUUGAUUCACCUUCCCUCGUUGAUCGCUUUGGUUCCCUCAGCAUCUCUGGUGACGCUUCAUCGAGGAUAGAGACGGAAAUAGCAUACAUGAAACCCCUUGAAGGAUCAUUGUAUACCACCGAGAUUAUCAAAUUUGGAGUUUAUAGAGGGAUGCUGUGGUCUGUCACAAUGCUGCCCACUUCGCUGUUGCUCUUAGAGCCCCCUCCUAGGGGAGCCCCGAGAGAGCAAGACCGUCUCGUCGCGUGGUCGACCGGAAGCAGCCGUACAACAAGGUGA